AUCUGAACCGAUGUGGCAAAGAGCAACAAGCCAAGUGGUGCCAUGGAUGGCAAAGUCUUUAAGGAAAACUGGAAAGUCUGAAAAGAUGUUGAAAUCCAACCAUUUAUUCUGCUCUCAAUCAACAACUGACAAGUCGUUGCAUUCUCGUUCACAACUCUUUCAAUAUAGAAAGUGGGAUAUCAACCAACUCCGAGCGGUACUUUCGGAUGCACCCACACUAAACGAUAUCAUCAACAGAGAACAAAUAAUCCCUUUUCUUGCAGCUACCAACUAUAAGGAGUUUUCUCAAAUCGCUUCUCGUUAUUUAAAUGAAGAAAACAAAGUAUUUGAAACAACGAUCCCACUGUCUUCGGAUGUAAGAUUGCGGAAACUUUACGAAAAUCCCUUUGGAUUGUUGAGGUUGAGUAGAGUGUUGGAAGACCUGGAUGCCGUGAGUGCGUUGGCUGCUCUUUAUCACGUAGGAAGAGAAGACGUAAAUUGUGUUACUGCUGCGGUUGAUGGAGUCAGACUUCAUAAUCAACCCUGGAGUCCAGCUUAUGAUUUGAUAUACCAUAGCAAGGUUACUUACACAGGAAAGACAUCCAUGAAUAUUUCGUUGACUGUAGAGCAAAAGAUGCCAACAGAUGGUACCAAAUUGAUUAUGGAAGCUGAUUUCGUUUAUGUUGCACGUAAUUUGGAAGGUACUCAGUCUAUUCCAGUACCUCCCUUGCGUGCUCGAAAUGAAGAAGAAAAGGCUUCUUUUGAAAGAGCUGCAUUGAAACAAUUGUUACGAAAAGAAAGAGCAAAACGCAAUCUGACUGUUUCCGUGCCCACGAUUGAUGAGCAAGUUCAUUUACAUCAAAUGUUUAAACGAGGCGUUAGACCAGAGGAAGAAAUAUACAUGAGUCAAGUUACAGUUGGCUCAACACAUUUUAUGCUUCCAGAUGAGAGAAAUAUGUAUGGUUUCACAUUUGGAGGAGUUUUGAUGAGAAGGGCUUAUGAGUUAGCUUUUGUGAACAAUUAUUUGGCUUUUCAACAACGUCCCAUUGCUGUCGAAGUUGGAGACAUUAGUUUUAUUAAAUCAGUUCCUGUUGGGAGUAUUCUGGAACUGCAUUCUUCAGUAGUCUAUACAAAAGAUACUUAUCAAGUGGUUUUAGUUGAUGCUAUGGUUAAUAACUUAAUGCAUGAUCCUCCAACCAAAGAAAGAACAAAUACUUUCAACUUUGUUCUUAAAACAGGCAAACCAGUCAAAAAAAUAUUUCCCAUAAGCUAUGAAGAAAGCAUGAAGUAUAUCUCUGGAAGACGUAUGUUGGACGACGUUCUAGCCAGAAUAUGAAACAACGGCCAAAACUUGUAGAAUUACUUCACCGCAAAUAAAACCAUGUCUGUUGAU